AUGCAGGUCACUGUCCACUAUCCGAGCGGUCGAAAGGCAGCCAUUAUUUGGCCUGAGCCGCAUAAGCGGAUGGUAAAGGCAAUAUGUCAUGGGAAUAGCUGUGAAAGAACCAUUCAGAGCAUCAUAACGAAGGAAAAACCAAUGCUCGUUGUUAGACAUGCAGCAGACAUUAUUCGUACUGAAUGCCGGAAUAUAUCCAUUCAUCCAACUGAUGAUGACUGCAAUCAUCUGCGUGGCAGAAAGCAAGAAAUGUCCGCAGCUCAUUAUAUGAUCGGCUUCGUGCUUAUGAAUGGUGGAUGCAAUAAGCAGACAAUAGAACGGAUAUCAAAACUGGGGUUCUGCGUGAGACCGGAGACUGUGCAAAGAAAGCUGCAGUCAUGGAGAGGGAAGUUGGAUGAAGAUGUGCUGUCCAUGAAACAGAAUUGGGAAAAUGGUGGGGACCAGAAGUACCAGCUAGUUGGCGACAACUGGGACAAGGAUAUUCUCCCCUCCUACAGGACCAUGGACAGGAAGACAGAGUCACUGCAUCUGUUUAAUGUAUAUGUUGUAAAAGACAGAGUAAUACCAGAUACUUCAAAUACUGCUAUACAGAGGCCAUUUCAUGUCAAUAAUUAUAUUCCAUCAGUAGAUGAACAGAAAGAUCUCUUGAAGGAGUUGGUGUUUCUGGUAGCGACAUCAGUAAUACAAAACAUCCCCCAGUUGAGUGAUGUUUUUGGCCAAGUGUAUCCUAAACACUUAAAGCACAAGUAUUCAGACACAUGUGGAAAGAAAACUGAGCAGUUCCCACUGGGCUUGUUUGAUUGUAAUGAGAACAAGAUUAAAGAUUUAAUUCGACACCUUCAAGAGAUGACUAAAAAGUAUGUGCCUAUGAAAAAUGGGGAAAUUGUUGAGCCAUUCUUCUUUGGAGGUGAUAGGUUGACAGAUGAAAGAGUACAGGGUGCCCAAAUGGCCAUGAAAAAUGCAGACACUCCUUUGACCAGACUUGAAGGGUUCAUCUCAAAAAUAGAGGACUUUCACAGACUCAUGAAUUUCCUAGAGGCUAUAGAAAAGCUGUCAUACAGAGCUGAGCAAGCAAGCGAAAGAGGAACAAUUGCAUUUUACCGGAAUUUCCUUAAUUGA